AUGAAGUUAAGCUUUAAUAGAACUACGAUAGAUGAAUGGCGAAAAUGGAUAGGUGUUAUUUGGUUUGUAAUUGAAGUUAAUCUAACCACUGGAAAUAUUUUUGGAUUUCCAGCGCUUUUCAAAGUAUUACCACAAUACGGAGUCUAUAGCAGUUAUUGUCAAUCAUCGAAUUCAACUAAUUCAACAGAACAUGGUUGUAAUCAACAAACACAUCAAUACCAAAGUGCAUUGACUUUAGGUAUAAUUUUUUUUAAUUUACCAUCAGUGUUUGUUGGUAUAUUAAUUGAUAUAUACGGUGCUCGUUUUACAAAAUUAAUCGGAAUAAUAUUUCAUGUUAUAGGAUGGUUAGCAUUGGCUCUUGUUAAAUCUGAUAAGAAUAAAUUAUCAUUGUCUCAAUUAUCUUAUAUAUGGAUGUCAUAUGGAAUAGUGAUGUUUUUCUCAGCGUUUCUUUUUCUUGAUUGGAAAUUUCCAAUAUUAAAUCUUGGAUAUACAUUCGAUUCAAAAUUAAAACAAACUAUAACGACACCAGUAGAUGAAGUGCAUAGUAAAACAAAAUGGUAUGAACAAAUUUAUCGACGUAUUGGACUUUGGGAACAUUUAACAAAUCCUUUAUAUAUUGUGGUUGUUCUUUACUUAGGCUUUUUAUUAAUGCCAAAUAUUCUUUUAUCAGUUACUUGGUAUCCAUGGGUCUAUUAUAUCAAUCAUAAUGAUAUAAAAAUAAGUGAUAACUAUACAUUUGUAUUCAAUAUGGCAGCAUUAUCCCAGAUUGCUCUUUGUCCAAUGGUUGGUUUUCUUCUUUCAUUUCGGGCAAAUCGAAGUUUAAAACAAAAACUCUUGAAUGCCGCGAUUGCUCAAACAUGUUCAUGGAUUUUAAAUAUAAUAUUCUGUAUCAUUUGCAUGUUCGUCAAUAGUUCUUUUAUUAUUCCUGCAUUAAUUUUUAACUAUAUUGCACGUUCAGCAAUUGUAGCUGGUUCACAAGCAGUCAUUACUACUUUGCAUGGCUCAUCGUUUUGGGAUUAA